GCACUUUCGCCUCACUUCUGAAGGAAGCACUGCCCCUCAGCAAAUCCCAAUGUAUCGAGCUGAUUCUACCACAGGAAAUUCGGUCACUUUAAGUCUCGGACAAACCCAGGGAUUAUAUUUAAUAAUAAUAAUAACAAUUUCGUUGUUCCGUGAUUUCCAUCAGAGUCCAACGUUUCGGGAGAGAAUGGACCCUGCUGGUGUAGAGCCCCCAGGCACACGUCCAGUAUUGAGAGCUGACAGAUUACUCUCACUGUUCAUCUGCUGAGUAAGCCUCUUUCCGAUAAGACUCUCUAAAAACUUCUGCCGGCCCUUCAUCCUGUCAACUUCAAAAAAGCCCUCAGCCAUUUGCUGGGGCAAAGCAGCGUCACCAUGGAUACAGAGUCCACCUACUCUGGCUACUCAUACUACUCUGGACGGUCGAGGGGAUCUCACAGACACGGAGAGCGUAGCCGGGACCGCCACAAAUCCCGCAGUAAGGAGAGCAGUCGUUCGGAGAAGUCCGUCACAAUCAACGCUCCCCCAGCAGAACCAUUGUUAGGAGACCAGUCAGUGCGAGCAGAAGAGGUUCAGGAUGAUAACUGGGGGGAGACUACGACAGCUGUCACUGGCACCUCAGAACACUCACUAUCUCAGGAGGACAUUGUUCGCAUCAGCAAAGACCUCGAUGACAGCGUGGGCCUGGACUGCAAACGUUAUCUCAAUGUGGCCCUGUCUGUCGUCCUGGGACUCGUGGUUUUUCUGACUCCACUUGCCUUUCUUAUCCUGCCUCACCUCCUCUGGCCUGACAGACUGAGAGCCUGUGGAACGGCCUGUGAAGGUCUCUUUAUAUCUGUGGCAUUUAAACUGCUGAUUUUAUUGUUGGCGGUGUGGGCUCUGUUCUUCAGGCCACCCAGGGCUGGUUUGCCUAGAAUCCUCGUCUUUCGAGCCUUACUAGCCACAUUGGUGCUACUGUUUGUGCUUUCCUAUUGGCUGUUUUAUGGAGUACGCAUCCUGGACUCACAGGAUGAGGACUACCAAGGGAUUGUGCAAUAUGCGGUUUCACUAGUGGAUGCUCUGCUCUUUAUCCACUACCUGGCCAUCGUGCUGCUGGAGCUCAGACAGUUACAGCCCUUCUUUUCUCUCUGUGUCACACGCUCCACGGAUGGAACCAUAAAACACUAUAACUUGGGUCAACUCAGCAUCCAGAGGGCAGCAGUGGUUAUCCUGGAGAACUACUACAAAGACUUCCCUGUCCAUAACCCUGCCAUGCUAACAGCUUCCAAGUCCCGGGCCGCAAAACACCUGGCAGGCCUUAAAGUCUACAAUGUGGAUGGUCCAGGAGGGAAUAAUGCAGCUGCUGGUAUAGCCCAGUCUCAGUCUCGAGCGAUGAUUGCUGCUGCUGCCGGCCGGAGAGACACCAGUCAUAACGAGCUCUACUACGAAGAGGCCGAGCAUGAGAGACGUGUCCGCAAACGCAGGGCUAGGCUGGUGGUGGCCGUGGAGGAGGCCUUCACACACAUUCGUCGCAUGCAAGAGGAGGAGCAGAAGAAGGCACCCGGUGACGUGAUGGACCCUCGUGAAGCGGCUCAAGCCAUCUUCCCUUCCAUGGCCCGAGCGCUGCAGAAGUACCUCCGCACCACCAGACAACAGCACCUCCACAGUAUGGAGAGCAUACAGCAGCACUUAGCUUUCUGCGUCACAAACAACAUGACCCCCAAGGCAUUUCUGGAGAGUUACCUGACCGCAGGCCCUACACUACAGUAUGGAAAGGAACGUUGGCUUGCCAGGCAGUGGACCCUUAUCAGCGAAGCCUCAGUUACCAGUGGUCUGAAAGAUGGGACAGUUUUUCUGCUCAAAUGCAUUGACUUUAGCCUAGUAGUCACUACCAAAAAGAUACCUUAUAUUCAGCUUGCUGAAGAAUUCAUCGACCCAAAGUCACACAAAUUUGUUCUUCGACUGCAGUCUGAGACUUCAGUUUAGAGCUUCUUCUUUUCUUUUCUUUUCUUUUUUUGGUUUUCUUCUGGGAUGUAUUUUUAUUUAACCUUCAAGUAAUAUAUAUGUAUAUCAAAUAUUUCAACAUAUUCCUUUUUGUUUUAUGAUCUCUCACGUUCUUCGGAAUUAGCAUGUUUGCGGUCAACCCAAACAAAAGAUCAGAUAAAAUGUAAUGGAGGUUGAGCAUAAUAACUGAUGACUGCUUAUCAAUGUUUGUAAAAACACAGAAACAGUAAAGGGUUGAGGAUAGUGGGUGGACCACGGAGAGAUGGAUGGACUCAAAUGGACACGUCUCUGCCUCACUUGUCUUUCUAAAAACACUCUGGGAAUAUGAUCUGCAGUCUUUCUGCAGUCGGAGCUGCACAGAUGAAACGUUGGCCAAUUACUGUAUCGUUAUGGUGUUUUCCCAAGGUUCACAAGCACAUCAUCUCAGCCAAAUGACCUACUACUGUAAAUGCACAUCAGAAAUUUCACAUGCACAUUUUUAACUAACUUGUUUCUGCUGAAAGGACACGUGUCUUUGUUUAUAUAUACAGUAUAUGCACGUUGUGUAUACCAAUGGGAGGGGUUGGAGUGUGUGUGUGUGUGUGUGUGUGUGUGUGAGAGAGAGAGAGAUUGGCAAUCAACACAAUGAUCCACUUAACACAUUUUGUUCAAUAUUCCUGAUCAGAUGCAAUGCUUUUACUAAGCAUUUUUCUCAUUAGUUAAUUUUGGGCUUGUAAAGAUUGUAUAGUUUUGGAUUAUUACGCAUGAGAUGUGGCAAAUGAAUGAUAUCUGUUAUUGAGCAUUAAGGCAGAGCAGACACACGUUUAUAUAGCACGUCAUAGACAUUACACUUUGAAAAAGUUACAAUUAUGAAAAAGGUAUGUUGUCAUUUUGACUUUCCAAUCUUAUAAUUGUGAUUUAACACUGAACUAAAUAUGAAUGAUGAGAAUUACGAUACUAAAAAUAAUGAUGAAAAAAUGAAGUCAGUCAUGUAAAAAGCAUGACAUGAAAAGCAGAUAUUGAGAUUAAAGGUCUUGGUGAGAUAUAAAAAAAAUGGAUGCAAUUAAAGUUAAGAUAAUGGUGCUGAAUGACACUGUCAGAACUUUCAAGAAGUUCAUCUUUUUUUUUUUUUUUCCUCCUGACACUUAGGACUAUGAUUACUAAAACCAUAUGUUAAAAGAGCUGCUUGGCCUGGAGCCCUGCAUGUCAUGUAUUUUAAGAGGUCCUCUUUACAGCAGACCGUAGGGAGUUGUAAUUGGACGUGGACUCGAUUUGAGAUGAUGUGUGAUCUCUCGUGUCCUGUCCUGUUUCUCGUUUUAUGCCUCGCAGCAGUGUAGCUGUAAAAACUGUCACUGAACGGCUCAUGAGAAUGUCGUCUAGGUCUUCGAAAGACAACUGGAAUGUUUUCAGCCAGUGUUGAUGAACCGCUGAGAAGCAACUGAUUGCUUAUGACCACUGCUCAUUUUACCUUCGUUUAAAAUGCUGUUUCUGUCGACAAAAUUGGUUUUAAGCAGAGUGGGUAAUUUUAAAAGGUUCAAUGUCAUAUCUAUGCAUUACAUACAAUGUCAUUUUCUUUUGAUUUAGAAACAUGAAAUGUAUAUCAGUUAAAGGGAUAAUUUGACAUUCUUUCUUCUGAGGAACACGCACACAAACGCUCAAAAGCUCUUUUGAAGCAUUGAUUGUAACUAUAGCAGGUUUGGUUGACAUUAACUUCCAUUACAUGGGCAAAAAAAGUUCUGAGACCUGUUCGUGUUCCACAGAAGAAAGUCUGUUCAUACAAGCCCGAUGACAGAAUUUUACUGUUCAUCGCUGCGUUUCUCUGUCAUUGGAAGACCCUCUUUAGGUGGACAAUGGAUGUGUUAAGGUUGUCACUGACCUGUUUUUACUCAUAGAUUGGCAUUUAGGUUACACUUUAUAUUAUGGGUUUUUUUGUCAUGGGCUAUUAAUAUUCCUCACUUGUCCCUCAUUCUGUUCUACAUUCUAAUGUCAUCAAAUGCUAUUUUUUCCUAAAGCUUUUAUAUCAAGACAGUGAUGGUGUGGACUGAGUUACUUUAUAUAAACCACUCAUAAUGUGACCGUGCCUCUGCUUUUUACACACUGUGUGUAUGUACGUGUGUGUUAUUAACUCAUUCACAAUUUACGUCUCACUUGCCGAAGACCACUGUUUGUAUGCCUGAUUUUAUAACAAACGCUUUAAAGCUCACAUCGUACAUUUGAAUAAAACAGACAUUUUUAAUAACACU